UAAUUACUUUAACAGUGAACAGUAUAAAUGUAACUAUUUUGCAGCAGACGGCAGAAGAACAGAAGCUCGUGUUUGCAAUUGAUCAACGUCGGAUUUUUCGAUUUUAGAUUUUGACCGACAGCAACUGUAGACAUGUUAGCUCAAACUCUAGUCAUUCUGUCGCUAGCCCUGGUCGGCACGCAUGCGCAGGCGUUUAACCCAACACUUGUUGUCGACAGCUGUACGAAAAGCUUGCUAGAAAUCACACUUACCGACGCCGCCGACAACGGUAUUGUGUAUAUCCAGGGACAAACCUCAGCUUGCCGACAGACGACCACAUCCGGUACCUCAACACAUACAAUCGACUUUGCUGCUUGUAAUAUAAAAUGGGAAGAGACAUUUAAGAUAGUUAUACAGAAAAACAUGAACUAUCAGACAGGGGCAGAUAAACAGAUACCAGUCAUGUGUAUUGCCGACCUGGCUGACCUCACGGUGACGGACAAUCUCAUUGCAGCGAACAAGGACGAUGACGCAGGGCAGAAUAAGACUGUCAAACCGACAGCCACAAUGGCUCUCUACUCUAACGGAAACUCUGUAUCUGGUAGCACCGUUAAACUAACAGACACGAUCACCAUGGUGAUGCAGUUAGACACAGAAUUCAUACAGGAUUUUGAUAUCAAGGCCAGAUCUUGUGUAGCAGACACCAUUAAUAUCAUUACAGAUUACUGUCCAGUAGAUACUUAUCUGUUCCCGGUUAUCUCAAGAACAACUCAGGGAGUUAUCCAGGCAGAGUUUGGAGCCUUCAGAACAACCAGCUUAUCAGGUGAUCCUGUACCUAUGGUGUUUUCUUGCACCUUGCAAGUCUGUCUCGGAUCAUGCAGCCCUACGACAUGCACAGACGGGUCUUCAAGUUACGGACGAAAGAAGAGAAGCUUAACAAAGCGUCAGGCUGAACCAGACAAUGUUGUCGAGGAUAUUAGUGUUGGUACCUCUCUCAAGAUUGCCACAGAUGAGGUUGUUAUUGAAGGUCCCACAGACGUAAACGAUGUUUGUCUCAACCAAGGCCUCUUCAUUGUUCUGAUCAUCUUCCUGGUCGGCGGGAUGCUUGCAUCAACAGCUGCUGCAGUCAUCAUGUUUAGAAAACUACAAGAAAAGGCGGGAAUUUUGAGCAAACUUGGCGGAACUUCAAUGGGAGGCAUGUCUAUCCCUGUGGCGUAAAUCUCGGAAAAACAGGCUUACCAACCAGGCUUACCAACCAGGCUUUGUAACCAGACUUACCAACCAGGCAUACCAAACGGAUUAACGAUCGCUGCUUAUAAUUGGCUUAUUAUUAGAAACUAAUUAAUUACGACAAUAUGAUCUAAAAUAUACUUAUACAUUUGAAAUUAUGAAUUUUGUUUUGAAUUUUUGUUAUAAAAUGUUUUAUUUUGUUGUUUUUCUCUUCUUCUUUUUUGUUUUGCUAAAACAUAGAACAUACAUAUUUUAUUUUAGAUUGGCUUGAAAAUGUUUCUGGAUGUUUCAAGUGCUACUGUGUAGGACCAUUUUAUUAUGAUUUCAUCUUUUUUAUAGGUUACUGUUUCAAAUAAUUAAAAAUUUACAACUAUGAUUUUAACCACUUUUCCUUGUAUGAAUGAAAAUCCU